GGAAAUUUUUGAAAAUAUCUGCGUUCGCCGCUUUCGCGUGAGAACGUUCAAUUAGCAUAGUUUUCCAAAAUUUAAUUUUAUAUAAAAUAAGGCUAAUUUAGUAUGGCGUACAGAAGAAAAUUAGAAGCGUUAGGUUACAUGAAAAUUGAUGAUUUCAAUGUAUUUUCGGAUACAGAUUUUCGUACGCUUGUCGUCUGGCUUGAAGAUCAAGUAAUUAGACAGUACCCUAUCGAAAAUAGGGAUCCUUUGCGAGUAAUUGCUGCUCCAGAUUGGGAGAAUGCAUUUGAAACAUAUUUAGAAGCUGUUGCUUGCCCUUUCACAGACAGAGAAGAAGUAGCGGAUUGGCUUCUGGGCUUUGCUGUCCGAUUAGAGUAUGGUGAUAAUGUUGAACAGUAUAAAUCGGUUACUGCCGAAAGUUUAAACCAGAUGUCUUCUAAUGUGCCUCAAGUAAAAGCAAAAAAUCCUUUGGAUAAUAUGGACUUUGAAAGCGCAGAAUUUAAAGGACAUGUAAAAUCUUUAGCUCAACUUCUGGGUGUUUCACCUCAUCCUGACCAUUUGGAAACCUUAAGUGCUGUGUGUACAGUUAUACAAAACUCAUUUACAAAAGAAGCCUUGGAAAAUAAAACUAAAAAGAAGGAUGGAAAACCAUCACCAGUCAUGGAAUUGCCUCUUGGAUUUGAUACAGGUGAUCCAGUACUUGAUAAAGCUGCCAAAAUUCUACGAUUGUGUUUCAUCCAUGAUUUGAGAGAUUUACAAACAAAAAUUAAUGAGAUUAUAGUUGCAGUACAGAAUGUUACUGCAAAUCCAAAAACGGACACUCGCCUUGGUAAAGUAGGGAGAUAAAUUUAUUGAAGCUGACUUAGAUUUGAUAUUGUAUUAUGGAAUUAUGUUGCAUAUUAAAAUCUGCAAUAAUAAAGAUUUUGUUAGCACUA